AUGGCGGCUCAACCAAAGAAUGAGAACUUCUAUGAGCUAUAUCGUGUUUCGAGCAUCGGCACGACCCUCGCAGAUACCAUUGACGACAUGAUCACUCUGAACAAGCUCGAACCUCAGAUUGCCAUGCGACUUCUUGCGACUUUUGAUCGAGUCAUCGCCGACGUGCUGUCCUCCCAGGUCAAGUCGCGAAUGAGUUUCAAGGGCAAUCUCGACACCUACCGAUUCUGCGACGAAGUCUGGACCUUCGUUCUCAAAGAUGUCAAGUUCAAGAUGGACAAUCAAUCCCCGCUUGAGGCUAGCCGGAUCAAGAUUGUUUCCAUGAACAGUAAGCCUGGUGGAACAUGA